AUGGCUAAGAGGAGAUUGUCAUCCGAAGGGCAUGCAGACCCUGUAAAAACGUCUGUUCCCGAGCAUGCAGCCGAAGUUGCGGAGGAGCUCUCGGCUACUCAUCGGCAAACGCCCGUAGAGCCUAUGGUCCACCAUGACGCUGGAGAAUUCACAGACAUGGAGCGUCACAAGACCACAGCAUCACAAGCACGUCAGCUGGAAGAUGGAGAGAACAACCCUUUUACUGGGAAGCCGUUCUCGGAGAAUUACGUGAAGAUCCUAAAGGUGCGGCGGGAUCUACCUGUGCACGCCCAGCGGGAUGAGUUUCUAAAGAUGUACCAGGAAAACCAAGUGAUGGUGUUUGUGGGUGAAACAGGUUCUGGUAAGACGACGCAGAUCCCGCAGUUUGUGCUGUUCGACGAGAUGCCUCACCUGCGUAACACGCAGGUUGCUUGUACGCAGCCCCGUCGUGUGGCCGCGAUGUCGGUUGCGCAGAGAGUUGCGGAGGAAAUGGAUGUUAAACUAGGCGAAGAGGUGGGUUACUCGAUUCGUUUCGAGAAUAAGACAUCUAAUAAGACCAUAUUAAAGUACAUGACCGAUGGUAUGCUUUUGAGAGAGGCGAUGGAAGACCACGAUCUAAAACGCUACUCGUGUAUUAUAUUGGACGAAGCCCACGAGCGGACACUUGCCACCGAUAUUCUUAUGGGUCUAAUAAAGCAGGUUGUUUUGCGGCGGCCUGAUUUGAAAAUCAUUGUCAUGUCCGCAACGCUGGAUGCUGAAAAGUUCCAGAGAUACUUCAAUAAUUCACCGCUAUUAGCUGUUCCAGGGAGAACCCAUCCCGUCGAAAUAUAUUACACUCCAGAGUUUCAGCGUGAUUACUUGGACUCUGCGAUUCGUACAGUCCUACAGAUUCACGCUACCGAAGGUGAGGGUGAUAUUCUUCUCUUUUUGACAGGUGAGGAGGAAAUCGAGGAUGCCGUGCGAAAGAUCUCCUUGGAGGGUGACCAAUUAAUCCGCGAGCAAGGCUGUGGACCAAUUAAGGUAUACCCAUUGUACGGUUCGCUUCCACCACACCACCAGCAGCGCAUUUUUGAGCCCGCUCCAGCAUCCCACAAUGGGAGACCAGGCAGAAAAGUGGUUGUUUCGACUAAUAUCGCAGAAACCUCGCUGACCAUUGAUGGUAUAGUCUACGUCAUUGACCUGGGGUUCUCCAAACAGAAAGUGUAUAACCCGCGGAUUAGAGUCGAGUCCCUUCUCGUUUCGCCAAUUUCUAAAGCGUCCGCCCAACAGAGAGCUGGUCGUGCCGGUCGUACGAGGCCAGGAAAAUGUUUCAGACUGUAUACUGAAGAGGCAUUUAAGAAGGAAUUGAUCGAGCAAUCCUAUCCUGAGAUUCUCCGGUCGAACUUGUCCUCUACUGUUCUGGAGUUGAAGAAGCUGGGUAUUGACGACUUGGUUCAUUUCGACUUUAUGGAUCCUCCAGCACCUGAAACAAUGAUGCGCGCACUAGAAGAGCUAAAUUAUCUUGCAUGUCUGGACGAUGAGGGGAACCUAACCCCUUUGGGCAGGCUGGCAUCUCAGUUUCCGCUUGAUCCCAUGUUGGCGGUUAUGCUCAUAGGAUCGAAUGAAUUCCACUGUUCCGAAGAAAUUCUGACAAUCGUCGCCAUGUUGUCUGUUCCUAACGUCUUCGUGCGCCCAUCCAAGGAUCGGAAACGUGCAGACGAUGCUAAAAGUGUCUUCGCACAUCCAGACGGGGACCACAUUACCCUUUUGAAUGUCUAUCACGGCUUCAAGUCUGAUGAGGCGUACAAUUAUGGCAUCCAUCAGUGGUGCAGAGACAACUUCUUGAACUACCGUUCCUUAGCAGCAGCGGACAACAUUCGUUCUCAGUUGGAGAGGCUAAUGAAGCGCUAUAGCCUGGAACUAAACACUACAGAGUACGAUGAUCCUCGCUACUUUGACAACAUCAGGAAGGCGCUUGCUGCAGGCUUUUUCAUGCAGGUAGCGAAGAAACGCUCGGGAGGGAAAGGCUACAUUACUAUCAAAGACAACCAAGACGUGCUCAUCCACCCUAGCACGGUCAUUGGCCACGAUGCAGAGUGGGUAAUCUACAAUGAAUUCGUGCUGACUACUCAAAACUACAUACGGACGAUCACCUCCGUCCGUCCUGAGUGGUUGAUUGAACUCGCACCUGCGUACUAUGACCUUGAUAACUUUCAAAAAGGUGAUAUCAAGCUCAGUCUGGAACGGAUUAAACAAAAGAUGGAUCGCAUCGAAGAGCUAAGUAAAGAGCAAUCCAAGAAGCAUAGACAGAGCCGCGCGUAG